AUGGCAACAGAGGUGUUCUGUAAAGUGGGGGAUGGGGAGGAGGCUGUACCGAAGAAGAAGGAAACCCUCAGCAUUAUAAAUGUGGUUGACCAACUGCCGAAGCCCUGUCCAAACCCCAAGUUUUUGAACCGGCCCAUGGCUACCAAAGGCCUCCCGCUUUCCUCAAGACGCAGCUUGGUCAACUACUUAGAGGAAGACACCACCAAUGUCAUGAAGCAGAUGCCGGAAGAUUCAGAAUACAGCUCCGAUGACACUAGUAUGUCCCCCAUAUCAUCCACUCUGUUGAACCCCAUCAAACUGGCCAUGACUCAGCCCAACAGCAGCUUCUUUGCAGGGAUGCUGGAGGGUGAGCUGAACAAACUCAGUUUAUCGUCAAUGGCCAAGAACACAGAAAAGGAAAAAUUGGCCAUUUGCCCCCUCUCAUCUAAUGGCCAGGUGGCCCCCAGGGGCCUGUUGGACCUUGACAACCCUGCAGUGGACACGGAUACCUCCUCAACACGCUCCGAGUCUUCUGUGGUCAUGGAUGUGCCAGAGGCCCCCUUCAUCUGUGAACACACUGUUGGCGAUUCCACAGCUGUGAUUUCCUGGACUUAUGCUGUGGGCAAGCAGCAAGUCAGUUUCUACCAGGUCCUACUGCAGGAGGCAACCAAGCAGGGUGACAAGGAUAUGCCCAGGGUCAAGAACCGCCCCUGGAUCUUCAACAAGAUCCUGGGCACCACUGUCAAGCUGAUGGAGCUGAAGCCAAACACAAGUUACUGCCUUACUGUCCGUGCAGCCAACACAGCGGGGGUGGGGAAGUGGUGCAAGCCCUAUAAAUUUGCAACUGUACCUACUGACUUCAACAGCUUUCCUGAGAACAAUCCCAUCCAGGUCACUGUGCAGCGUAAACAACCCCAGAGGAGAACCGUGUCCAUGGCAAUGGAGGAGAUGCGGAGGCUGGAGGAUCUGGAAUACCUAUAUCCAUAUUAG